AUGCAGCUCAAGGUGUCAUGCGUGAAUCAUGCAGCGCUCGUGAACGGCUACUACAUGGGGAAGCUAUCGCUGCGGGAGGACUCACUGCAGGUCCCAUCGGCUUCGUUCAUUCGACCGACCUCUGCAAAUACCUCGGCGGAAGUAUCGGCAGCUGCAGCGCGUCGGCAGCGAAAGCGGGAGACAGCAUCUCGAAGGCGGGCUGAACGACUGGAGGAGCUCACAUCACAAGGCAAGUUUGUCCCAUUGAGUGAUCGGGUCCGAAACGCAUUAGAAAAUGCGUACAAGCACUUUGGAGGUGCUCGAUUUGUGCUGCGAGACUUCUAUCCAAACUUUCCUGCCGGGGCUGACGCACUCCCAGAUGUGAUCAAGACGCUACAGGAGAUGCCAAGUACAGAAGGUCUCGACGACGGUAGCAUCCAUCGCAAUGAAACCGAUUGUUUGCAGGUUGCUACAGUGAACGAUGCCCAGGUCGUGCUACCGGCCGGAUCGAGUUUCGCUCAGCGAGACGUACGGACUCUCCAUCAACUUGCACUCGGACAGCACAAGCUGAUCCUGAUGGACCCACCAUGGCAGAACAAGAGCGUUUCUCGCGGGAAGCGCUACAAUACAUUUGACCACACAGACCUCUUAAGGAUUAAUAUCCCACACAUCGCAGACCCGAAUGAGUGCAUCCUAGCGGUGUGGGUGACGAACCGGCCGCGAUACAUGACGUAUCUUCGUGAGCAAGCGCUGCCCUCGUGGGGCUUCACUUACCACGCGUGUUGGUACUGGCUCAAGCUAAGCAAAAACGGAGAGCUGGUUACUCCACUGGACUCGACACAUCGCCUGCCAGUCGAAACAUUGCUUGUUGCCUACCGCGCCAAGGACCAAAAGCAUGAGCAGCUACUGCGACGGCGACUUGGUGAGAAGAUGCGAAUCGUAGUGAGCAUUCCACUGCGCCAUUCGUGGAAGCCACCACCGGAAUGCUUCUUCGACAAGGACAUCAUGUCUACGUCCCACAGAAAAGUGGAGCUAUUCGCUCGCGAACUGCGGCCACAUUGGACUAGCAUAGGAAAUGAGGUGCUCAAGUUCCAGGUUUCGAACUUAUUCGGGUCAACUCUACAGCACGACCAACCUUUUAUUAAUAGUACUAGUAGUCUGUAG